AGAGAGAGAGAGAGAGAGAGAGAGAGAGAGAAGUGGAGCGCGAGCUCGGAAGAGGAGGUGGUCAUGUGACUUGCAGGAAGUUGCCUUGGAAAUGCGGACAGGUGAAGAGAAAUGACAUAAUUUACAUUCCAGCCUUCAGGGCAAAGAAAGCUGGGGGAAGAGGUUGGGAAAACCUGAAAGGGAGCUAUGCCUAUUACUCAGAGGAGGCAGUCUACAAACAAACGUCUUGUGUCACAGUUCACCCAUCAUCAUGUUGCUGUGUUCCUCCUCACCUUCUUCAGCUACUCUCUUCUCCAUGCCUCCAGAAAGACCUUUAGUAACGUCAAGGUCAGCAUCUCCAGCCAAUGGACCCCCUCAGGCUUUAAUGACUCUGCCUUCAUUCUUCAACCAUAUGAGCUUUGGAACAGCAGUCAUCUAUUUCCUAAUACUGAAGAAGCUACAUUAUUCCUUGGAACAUUGGAUACCAUCUUCCUGUUUUCUUAUGCUGUGGGCCUCUUUGUUAGUGGCAUUAUUGGGGAUCGUUUGAACAUGCGCUGGGUUCUGGCAUUUGGGAUGUGCUCCUCUGCCUUAGUGGUGUUUGUGUUUGGCACUGUCACCGAAUGGCUUCAUUUCUACAACAAGUGGUUCUACUGCUGCCUGUGGAUUGUGAAUGGCUUGUUGCAGUCCACGGGCUGGCCCUGUGUUGUAGCUGUCAUGGGAAACUGGUUUGGCAAAGCUGGGAGAGGAUUUGUUUUUGGACUCUGGAGUGCCUGUGCAUCAGUGGGUAACAUCCUUGGAGCAUUUCUCGCCUCUUCGGUUCUGCAGUAUGGCUAUGAGUAUGCCUUCUUGGUGACAGCAUCAGUACAGUUUGCUGGAGGAGUUAUUGUCUUUUUUGGCCUUGUGAUUUCUCCCAAAGAAGUAGGCCUCCCUGAAAUUGGCAAAGAAGGGGAUGCUGAUGCUGCUGAAGAAGAUGCCACUGAGCCAUUAAUUAGCAGCCAUGAGAAUGAAGGUUUUGAUGAGCAGAAUUACACCAUUCAGGCAUCUAGCAGUAGUACAAAUACUCCAUCCCAGGCCAUUGGAUUCUUUCAGGCGUGUUAUCUGCCUGGCGUCUUAUUGUAUUCCUUGGCCUAUGCUUGCCUGAAGCUAGUAAACUAUUCCUUCUUCUUCUGGCUGCCCUUCUACCUCAGCAACAAUUUUGGUUGGAAGGAGGCAGAAGCUGACCAACUCUCAAUCUGGUAUGAUGUUGGAGGCAUUAUAGGUGGUACCAUCCAAGGUUUUAUCUCUGACAUGCUACAAAAAAGAGCUCCUGUAUUAGCUAUUAGCCUCAUUUUGGCUAUUGGAUCUCUUUUUGGAUACAGCCGUUCCCCAAAUAACAAACCUAUCAAUGCAGUUAUCAUGGCAAUUACAGGCUUUUUUAUUGGAGGCCCUUCCAACAUGAUUAGCUCUGCCAUUUCUGCAGACCUGGGGCAUCAGGAAGCGAUCAAAGGAAGUAGCGAGGCUCUUGCAACUGUGACAGGGAUUGUGGAUGGCACCGGCAGUAUUGGGGCCGCUGUGGGUCAGUACUUAGUAUCUUUGAUCCAGGAGAAGUUGGGAUGGAUGCAAGUUUUCUAUUUCUUCAUUUUGAUGACCAGUUUAACAGUGGUCUUCAUCAUGCCUUUGAUAGUGAAAGAAACUAGUAUGCUUCUUACGCAGAGGCGCUUGCGCAGGUUGGCUGGCUGACCCCCUUCUCUUUUCCGUUUGGUGGACUUUUUUUCCCAAGGGAGAACUUGGCA